ACAACUGUGGGAAGCAUUGGAAUCAACAUGGGCCAGCAUCCCUGUGGAACGCUUUCGACACAGUGAGAGAGUGAUAGACACACAUUGCAGUGACAAGUCUGUGAAGAGUGCAGUCAGGUGUUAUCAGCCUCCACUGAGCUGAUCAGACAGCCAUGUUCACCUCUGUCACUCAACUAGAGGGAGUGCUUUAAACAGCAGGUCUCUGUCACGCUCUCAAUCCCAUAACAGCUCACCUGUCCCCCCCAGCACACUGCAACCCACAGGUGGAAUGUACUCAUAGAAAUAACAAUACUAGACUGGGCAUCCCCAUUCAAGUCAACGUAAUUCUACUUCUAUGGGUGUAGCCAACUGUACAACUGAUUGGGGGGGGCAGGGCUCAGAAACCUCACAGCUGCUACUCCAUCCCUGUCUGUCUCCACCAGGGUUUUUCACUCAGUAGCAGCAGUAGGUAACUACAGGUAAUACGUGUUGAUCAGAGAGCCUUGUACAGCUUCACUAUGAACCUGCAAAGCAACGGCCUGUCUGUUCAGUGGUACCUGAAGUCCAAGCCGGUGGGAAAGGUGAGGCGGCGUGUACAGGAGAUGAAAAACCCAUCUGUCUCCCUGGUGUCGGGCGACAUUGACCUCAGCCACAACGAGAGCACCAGAUUGGCCAUGGACGCCUUGCUGAACCAGGGAUUGGACAUGUACCAGGAAGUAUUGGCCGGAGAGGGCGAGGUGGACUUCCUGUCCAAGGAGGAGAAAGGUUAUAUCCUGGAGAACACUACAGACCUGAGCACCAGCAGUCUGUGUGGGACGGAGAGUGACGACCAGGCAGAGGGCUCCACCACCUCUUCCCAGACAGACACCUGUUGUCCAUCCGUGUCUGAGAGCGAGCCCCCUGGCUUGGACCAUGGCUGGCCAGCAGAGGACUGGAGCUACCGCCUGCAGGGCGAACCCAGUGUAGAGGUCUACUUCCAGUCUGAUAGAGCAGCCAGCAUGAAAGACCUGCUCAGAGAGUUCAUCAGCAAGGCCACAAUGGUUCUGGCCAUUGUAAUGGACACAUUCAGUGAUGUGGAGAUGUUCUGUGACAUACUGGAGGCAACCAGGAAGAGGAACGUGUUGGUCUACCUGCUCCUGGACCAUAUCAACCUGCAGGUCUUUGUCAACAUGUGUGAGAUGCUACAGAUCAACAGUAAUCAUCUCACUAAAAUGUCGGUCCGUAGUAUACAAGGAGAGACGUAUUGUGCAAAGUCUGGAAGGAAAGUCACUGGACAGAUCAAAGAGAAGUUCAUGAUCAUUGACUGCACUUCAGUGCUGGCUGGAUCAUACAGUUUCACCUGGCUGUCCUGGCAGGUCCACAGAAGCCUGGCUGUACUCUUCAAGGGCAGCGCGGUCGAGCCUUUCGACCUGGAGUUUAGGAAGCUCUAUGCCAGCUCCAAGCCUGUACCAGCCUUCCUCUCAGUGGCAACGGAGUUCAACCUGACCAGGCCGCUUAUCACCCAUCAAGCAGCAGCCACCUCAACCCCACUGACAAACCUUCCUUGCCCCAGUCCUGGUACCACAACCCAGAACAGAAACUUCAACAACCAGGCUAUGGUUCAACCAACCACCACAGUCCAGCUCAGAUACUCUGGCCAAACCCCAACGGUUCAGCCAACUACAACCUCCCAGCAGAGACACCCCAACACAACAGCACCACCAACCUCCCAGCACAGACACCCCAACACUCAGCCAACCUCCCAGCAGAGACACCCCAACACUCAGCCAACAGCACCACCAACCUCCCAGCACAGACACCCCAACACUCAGCCAACAGCACCACCAACCUCCCAGCAGAGACACCCCAACACUCAGCCAACAGCACCACCAACCUCCCAGCACAGACACCCCAACACUCAGCCAACAGCACCACCAACCUCCCAGCAGAGACACCCCAACACUCAGCCAACAGCACCACCAACCUCCCAGCACAGACACCCCAACACUCAGCCAACAGCACCACCAACCUCCCAGCAGAGACACCCCAACACUCAGCCAACAGCACCACCAACCUCCCAGCAGAGACACCCCAACACUCAGCCAACCUCCCAGCAGAGACACCCCAACACUCAGCCAACCUCCCAGCAGAGACACCCCAACACUCAGCCAACAGCACCACCAACCUCCCAGCAGAGACACCCCAACACUCAGCCAACCUCCCAGUGCUUGGUGAAUCAGCCUUACUACACAGGUCCCCGGAGCCACAGGUUUGACUGGAUCACACAGAGACACACUGCAACCAGGCCCGUCAUGUUCCAGAGAACCUUCUCCAGUGAUUAUAGUACUGGAGACAACCUGACCUGGCGACCCUUUAACAGCAAUUACCUUCUUUAUGGAGGGACAACCGGAUUGUUGGACAGACACCCACUUCUCAAGACUGGCCAGUGGUUUACUGUUCCUAAAUAA